CCGAGGGCAAGGGUGGCGUCAUGGAGGGGCCGAAGGAGCAGCUGACACCACUUUAUCAGUGCCUCGACUUAGAGGUGGACAUUGACAAGAGCUUCUUGAGAGGACGCACGUCCAUCUGGCUCUUGCAUAUUCCCUCGCAUGGGCGGUAUGACAGCUACCCCACGGAGAUGAAGCUACACUGCCGGCAGAACGAUAUUAAGGUUACCAAGGUGAACGGGUGCCUGUGCGCGUCAACAUACCUGGAUAGUCUGGAGGAGGUUGUCAGCCCAGAGGGUUACCGGGAUGCCGAGGCCUUCGAUAUCUGCUACAGAGCGAAGCUGUGGGCGAGCUCCCAGAGUAACAACGGCGAGCUCAAGAUCCAGGUGCCGGCGAACUCCCAAAAGAUCCCCCAGCUACCCCCAGAGACGGCACCGUCAGCGGCCCGCGCCCGGCGGGACGAGACCGCUCGCCUCAUACACAAGUCGCGCCAGGUGGAGGAACGGAGGGAGACCAAGCGAAAGCAGGGCUCGCGAAGCGGCUUUGCGCCGCAAUCUCCGGAAAUCUCGAUGAUGUCACCCGCCCACCCUUCUCCUGGUUCCAAUGCCAACAUGGACUCCCCAGCACCGAUGGAUGUGGCAGAUUCCUCCGACGAUGACAACUACGAUGGCCAUGUCGAAUCGGCAACCGUGGAAGCACACCGCCAGCGCAAGAGGGAGGAGCACGCCAAGGUCAUUUGCGUUGAGGUGGAGUGGGAGCUGCUGCACCCCCGCUCCGGCGUUGUUUUCAAGGCGGCCAGGGAGGGCUUCAGCGCUAACCACAUGUACACCACCUACUCCCACGCGCCCAUGGACAUGGACGGGCCGAGGUGCUGGUUCCCUUGUGUCGACCAUGCAUCUAUUCUCAUCUCGUACGACGUGACGGUCCGAGUGGCAUCUCCCAAGAUCACCGCUGCCUUCAACGGCAGGCUGCUGGAGAGCACCACGCUCGACGAUGACGAUGGUGAUGACGGCGAUGCCGGUGCCAACGGCGGCACCGACGGCAUGGCUGUUAGAAAGAGAACUAGUUACUCCACUUGCUAUCGGUUCUCGACGGAGACUCUAACGGCCGCCCGGGCUGUCGGGCUCGCCGUUGGCCGUUUCGCUGCUUGGGACGUGCCGCAUUCCCCUCGCGUGAAGGGAUUGGUGCUGAAGGCUGCUUCUGCGGGGGGUGGGGGAAGGGCAGGCACCAUGAAGUCCGAGCGUAGAAGGGCGGUGGACAAUAGCUUGAUUGCGGCGGCGGGAAGUUUGCUUGCACACGUGCCGGCCGCCGUUUCGUUCCUCGAGGACUGGCUUAAGGCCGAUUACCCCUUCAAACGGUGCACGCAGGUUUUUGUGGAGGGACUGCCGGACGUGUUUGCGCCGUUCGGUUCCCUAUGCCUGCUCAAGGCCGAGCUGCUGUGCACUGAAGACGACAGGAUUCCUGAUGGUGACCUCCCUGGAGACGCGAGACUGUCAGCGGUAGAGGUGUUACUUUACGGCUGGGUUAGCACCGCGCUUCGCCUAGAGGGCGGCAAGCACCGUUGGCUCGUGCAUGGCAUCGCUGGUCACCUCCUCACCAAGUUCGCCGCGGAGCUGCGGGGGGAGGAGGAGAAGCAACACAGGCUGUGGCGCGCAGUUCAGAAGGCGGUGGCUCUUGACUGCGACUUGGGUUGCCCCUCCAUCUCCCCCCCGACCCCGGACCUGUACAUCCCGGAUGCUAUAGACCCGGCGACAGCAUACUACGCCAGACUCAAGGCGGUGCUCAUACUGCAUAUGGCCGAGGUCAAGGUACAGCCGGCGGACAUGCAGGAUGCCCUUGGCUCCGUAAUGCGUCCAAUCGCCCUGCACGUGAGGGAUGCGAAGGCGGACCUCGCUCUCAGGUAG